GUGGGUGUGACGGGGCUCGACUCCGAAAAUAUGGGACUUGGGAAGAGGGACGCCGAGGAAAGGGAAGAAAAAGAAGCGUAAAAAAAAAAAAAAGAAAAAAUGUAAAAUCAAAGCGGAGUAGAAAGAUUAGGUAGGGAAGAAGAAGGGGGGGAGGGGGGCGAUAGUAGUAGUAAGCGGAGGAGAGAUGGGAGAAUGAGGAAGAAAAAGAGGAAAAAUGCAGAUGUCGGGAAAUGAUUGGAUGGGCUGUAAAAGGAAAGGGAAGAAAAAGAAAGAGAGGCUCGGGAGAGUCGAACACAGAGGGGGGAGGGAGGGCGGAAGGAGAGAGCGCCAGAGGACAGCGAGAAAACCGAUGGGGAUGGGAUGGAUUUGGGGGGGGGGGGGGAAAUAGUGCCGCGCGGUGCAGUGGUCACCGGCAGCGAGAGAAAGAGCGAGAGAGAGAGUGCGAGACUUACCUGACGGGAAGCCGUGUUACUGACACGAAUGAUCGGGGCGACUCUGUUAGGACGACAUGGGGUGUCUUGUGGAGAGGGCGAGAGGUCGAAAAAGGGCCAGGAUCUCGGUGGAUUUGUGGGCAGGGGGGGGGUGGUGGUGGUGGUCGGGAGGGGAGGAGGACUUGGGAACAGGACCAAGAGACCACACGGAUGGGACUCGACCUCGGAGCAGACAAAGAGAGCAGCGCCAGGUCGGGCGGGGAGGAAUGAGGAGACAGACGAGCAAGCACUGAAAGGGGGGAAGGGUCUUCUUUUGCUUGUUUGAG